AUCCCCUCCCCGCCGCGCCUCGCUAGCGGCGGCGGCGGCGGUGGCGGCGGCGGUGGUGGUGGCUCCUGGAGCCGGCGCGUGUCCAGCCCUCGCGGCGGGACCCGGGUCCUGACAAACCCUGCCUGGGAGCAAGCGUGCGGAGGAUGGAAACGCGCGCUCAGCCAUGUCUCUGGGCCGCCUCCUUCGUCGGGCCUCCUCCAAGGCCUCGGACCUCCUGACCCUCACCACGGGGGGCAGUGGCGGGUCCCUCUCCGUCCUGGAUGGAGAGGUCAUCUACUCCAAGAACAAUGUCUGCGUGCACGCACCCGAGGGGCUGCAGGGCCCUGGGGAGCACCACCCAGGGUACCUGUGCCUGUACAUGGAGAAAGAUGAGCUGCUGGGGGCUACCCUCAUCCUGGCAUGGGUCCCCAACUCUCGAAUCCAGAGGCAGGAUGAGGAGGCCCUACGCUAUAUCACCCCCGAGAGCUCUCCUGUGCGCAAGGCACCCCGUCCUCGGCGGCGGCGUACCACAAGCCUGGGGGCCCCCUACCAACCCUCUCCCACAGAGCCAAGGCUUCCCCUGAUUCCCAAAGACGAGGACAUCCUGGUGGUGGUCCAGAACACACAGGAUACUGUGCACAUCAGUCCUACAGAUGAAGAUGGGGAAAAGCUGGCCCAGGGACCGGAGGUGGAUGGACCCUUACCCACCUCACAGCCUGUGCAUAGUGACUCUGGGAUCCUGUCCGCGGUCAGCUCCCAGGAUGGGACAGAGGAUGGCCGGGAGCCACGGCCCGAGGCUGUGGAGGAAGAAGGCUCUCUGGAGUUGUCAGCAGAUGGCGUGAGCAGGGAUAGCUCCUUCGACUCGGACUCUGACGCCUUCUCCUCACCCUUCUGCCUCUCUCCCAUAAGUGCGGCCCUUGCGGAGGGGAACAGUUCUGCGUUCCUGGAGAGCGAGGGGAGCUCCCCCUCCAGCUCCGAUGCCAACCUACGGUUCCCUGACAGCAAUGGCCUCCUGCAGACGCCUCGCUGGGAUGAGCCACAGCGGGGAUGUGCUCUGGAGCAGAUCUGCGGUGUGUUCCGAGUGGACCUGGGCCAUAUGCGUUCCCUGCGUCUCUUCUUCAGUGACGAGGCUUGCACGAGUGGCCAGCUGGUGGUGGCCAGCCGAGAGAGUCAAUACAAGAUUUUUCACUUUCACCAUGGCGGCCUGGACAAGCUCUCCGAGGUGUUCCAGCAAUGGAAAUUCUGCACGGAAACACACCUCAGGGACCAGCAGGUCACGGAUGAGAGGACAUGCAUGCAGUUCUCCAUCCGAAGGCCUAAGCUGCCAUCCUCUGAAAUCCACCCUGAGGAGAGCCUGUACCGGAGGCUGGACGUGUCCGCCUGGCUCAAUCACCUGAAUGAGCUGGGCCAGGUGGAGGAGGAAUAUAAGCUACGCCAGGCCAUUUUCUUUGGUGGCAUUGAUGUGUCGAUCCGGGGGGAGGUCUGGCCUUUCCUGUUGCACUUCUAUAGUCACGAGUCCACGUCGGAGGAACGGGAGGCACUUCGUUCGCAGAAGCGAAAGGAAUAUGCAGCUAUCCAGCAAAAGAGGCUCUCUAUGACUCCGGAGGAGCACAGAGCCUUCUGGCGUAAUGUGCAGUUCACUGUGGACAAGGACGUGGUUCGGACAGAUAGGAACAACCAGUUCUUCCGAGGGGAUGACAAUCCAAACGUGGAGAGCAUGAGGAGGAUUCUGCUGAAUUACGCUGUGUACAACCCAGCCAUCGGCUACUCACAGGGCAUGUCCGACCUGGUGGCACCUAUCCUGGCUGAGGUCUUGGAUGAAUCAGACACUUUCUGGUGCUUCGUGGGUUUGAUGCAGAACACCAUCUUUGUCAGCAGUCCCCGGGACGAGGACAUGGAGAGACAGCUGCUGUACCUGCGGGAGCUGCUCCGGCUGACACACCAACGCUUCUACCAACACCUGGUUUCCCUGGGUGAGGACGGCCUCCAGAUGCUCUUCUGCCACCGUUGGCUCCUGCUCUGCUUCAAGCGGGAGUUUCCUGAGGCCGAGGCCCUGCGCAUCUGGGAGGCCUGCUGGGCCCACUACCAGACGGACUAUUUCCACCUGUUCAUCUGCGUGGCCAUCGUCGCCAUCUACGGGGAUGAUGUCAUCGAGCAGCAACUGGCCACCGAUCAGAUGCUCCUGCACUUCGGAAACCUGGCCAUGCAUAUGAACGGAGAGCUGGUGCUCAGGAAGGCCAGGAGUCUCCUGUACCAGUUCCGUCUUCUGCCACGGAUCCCCUGCAGCCUGCAUGACCUGUGUAAGCUGUGUGGGACAGGCAUGUGGGACAGUGGGUACAUGCCAGCUGUGGAGUGUGCCGGCCACCACCCAGGCUCAGAGAGCUGUCCUUACGGGGGCACAGUGGAGAUACCGUCACCCAAGACCCCAAGAGAAGGCAAGAAAGGCCCAAAGGUACCACGAGAGGCCUUUGGUUUCCGAAGAUAGGAAAGCCCCUGCCCUUGACCAUGGGUGAGAGGACCUCCAUGAAGUCCUGGGCAAGUGGGAGGGGGAGGGAAAAGACAUGGAGAGGACACGAGGACAAAGCCUCUGGCCAAGGUGAAGGGACCCUUGUCAUGAAGACAAAAUUGGGCUCUCGAACUGUCAGCAGGUAUCAGCUGUCCCAAGAAUGCAGCUCCUGAAUGGCUAGCCCCAGGAUGUCUGGCUAGCUUAGCCACUGGAAUGAAGGCUGCUGGUUGGCUGGGGGUUCUGGAAGAGGCCAGGAGUCUCCCCGAAAGCCGUGGGCAAAGCAGGGACUAGAAAAGGCCUCAUCCUCACACCAGCACCAAGGAACACAGAGGAGCAGGAUUGUUGUCUGAGCGAGUCGGGCACACUUGUGAAGCUUCUUGGUCACACAGCUGCAAGACUGUCGUAUGAAGAUGCCUGUCCAAAAGAGAAAGAAAAAGAAGGGAAAGAGGGAGGGGUGGGGGAAGAAAAGCUUGUGAAGGUAGGUGUUCAGGCCUGGGCUUCUCACAGUGCUCCCGACCACGAGGUCGUCUGACUACUUGGUCCUAGAGAAGGGGGAGUAUAUAACUCCCCAGCCAAGACAAAGGCGUCUGACAUAGCUGGGGAGGUGCCUCCGCCACCAUGCAGGACCUAGGGGACUUCUAUUCCUUGGUUUCACCCUAUUUGAGCAACAUUGGGAUGUUCUUCCUCUUAAGAAGAAAAAGGUCACGCCCACACUCCACACCAAAGCUGAGGGUUGUGGUUGGAUAAAGGUGUGUUCCAGAGCAUUCGUAGCCAGUGUCCCAAAAGCUGGUGCAAGCAAGGAGCCUGGAUUCCUCCACCGAGGGCUGAAUCCUCAUAGUGGGUGCAGGCGGCAGGGUGGGUGGAGGUGCCCCGUUUUUUGGCUUUUCUCACUGAGAGUGGUGCUGCAGGACGGUGCCACGUUUAAAGGUGCUGACCGGAAUGAGAGGGCCGGAGCCUCGGAAUGAGAAAGGCGGGGCCUGAGAGUGAGAAGGGUGGGGCCUCAGAAUGAGACGGAGCUAGGCCUCAAAAUGAGAUGGGCAGAGCCUCCGACUGAAAGGGGCGGGGCCUCAGAAUGAGAGGAGGAGCCUCAGAAUGUGAAAGGUGGAAGCUCAGAAUGAGAGGGGCAGGCCCUUAAAAUAAGAGGGGGCAAGGCUUCAAAAUGAGGAGUGGGGCCUCAGAAUAAGAGGUGGUGGAGAAGAAUGGGGGGGAGGCCUCAGCUUCACUUUCUCCAUGAGCUCCUCCCCACUCUGCAGGGACUUCUGAGAAUGUGGGUCCUUCUAGGAAGGGCCUUUGGAAGAUGUCCUGAUCUUGGGGGGUAUUGUCUGCUGUGAGCAACAGUGCAGUCCUGGGAGUGGCCUUUUGUCCGAAUUGCUUUCUAUACUGGCUUCUGACCCUUUCUGGAAGCUAGAGCCACAAACAGGUAUAUCCACUGCCUAUCACCCCAGUAACAGAAAUACAGGGCAGGGCCUUAGUGACCUAGAACUCUGUGCACCUGGCUGGCACAGACCCUGGGACUACAGUCCAGACUGGGUGGUUCUUUUCUUGGAUAGUCUGCCUCAUUACUUCUGGGGUUGUCAUCAUCUCUGAAAUCCCUGUGGGUGGUGUAUAUAUGGGUGUGAGACAGCACUGGCCUCUGGGUCUAUAGAGGCAGAAACGGACAUUGUUUUUUUCUAAGUGGAUACCCCACUCACUAACCGUGCGAAGGUCAAAGCAGACUGAAUGGCUGAAGCCAGGAUCCAGCACUGGGAAAGCAAACCUUCAUCGUGCGUCUUCUCUUGGUAGUCAUGUGACAGAAGUCUGGUAAUUCAGAGAGGUCCCACAGGCCUACCACCCCAAGAAAUCUAGGUACAGAUCCCUCCUUCCCUGGGAAGGAACUAACUCCUUUCCUACCCCUCUUCGGGAUCACAUUCUGUAUUGCACCCCAAUAUCUACACUGUGCUGUGUUGGGUGGGGGCAGCCUGAGCAGACCCAGACAGUCACCCUGGAGAGUCUCAAUUAGCAUUUAUUCUAAGUCUCCAGCUUCCACAGUCUCCCCCCCACCCCCGCUCUCCAAGACCUGACCCAGGCUGUUCAGUGCCAGCCUUGUACCAGAUAUGCCAUCUAGUCCUCUGGACUACCGGACCCUGGUGUUACUUCAGCAUCCAGCCAGCAGGGACCUCUGCAGCCAGACAUGGUGUGUGGGCUCUUGGAGCUCUGCUCUGCUCUGCUCUGCUCUGAGGAAUAGAGAGGCCCCGCACAGAACGGCAACCUUAAUCUGGAUGCAAUUAGAGGAAACCAGCCAAAUGCCCUGUGGCAGCUGUUACCCCAGGAUUAUUCCCAGCCAGCAAAAGGCAUUAGAGUGAUAAUUCAGUCAUUAGACUUCUAGCCGUCUCACCGCCAAGACGUACAAAUCACGGGUAAUCAGCGCACACACCGUCCCUUGGCCACGAGGCUUAUUUAACCCAUUUUUUAAGAUGAUGCUUAAUGCUACUGGCCAGCCCAUCUGUGUGCGCAUGCCCCACUGAUAACGUCUGUGCUGACGACAUCGCCUAAUGUCAUCAAGGCCCUGUCAUCUUGGGCCCUGGGAAAGAAGGACGCCUUUGAUGUGCGUGUGUGUGCUGCCACUGCUGAGACGUGAUGCUACCUUGGAAAGGCUCUGUCACUUCUGACUCACUCUCCAAGGAGAGCGGGCAGCGUAGGGGAGGGGGCAGCAGCCAGGGGAGAGGGCAGGGUUGGAGCAGAAUGUCUCCCCCUGGGCUAGAGGAUGGCCUCUCUGGAUAUAGGAAAGACACUGCCUCCCCGGAAAGUUCGACCUGAAGUGCCAACCAGGAGGCCUAGCCAAUCUCUGCAGAGGAGGGCCAAAGUCCCAGAGAGGCCGUUAGUAACCUUGAGCUGGCUGAUCUGCAGACAGAGCUGUGUGAUUGCUGAUCAAACCGACCCGGGUCAGGGAGGGGGACAUGUUACAUUCAGGAGGGGAUGAUUUGGGCCUUGGCUUUUGAAAGUGCAGGACACCAGCCCAAAAGAGGGUCUCUUGGAGCUGGUGCCUUUGAUGGCCCGGGUCGGGAUGGCAAUAAAUAAAUGGAGAGAGGAUUGCUGGCUGCCAGGGUCAGCUCCUGAAAGGCUCCUUUGACCUCUUGCCUGUAUUUGUGUUUUUCUUACUGCUUUGCUGGGGUUUUGCUGUGCUGGGGGAGGGGGGAACGCACUAUGUGGAACUUGGGGCCACAUUCAUGCUAGGCUAUGAGCAUGCGGCCUGUUUCAAGGUUGACAAUUUAGAUGGAGAUCAACCCCAGGGUGCCAGGAAUCCACCUGUGGCCUCCCUCCCCUCUUUCAGGUCCCCUCCACUGCAGUCAGCCUGGGAGUGUCAGGAACACCCUGGGCUGGCUCAACAGAGGGAAGGAACCUGGGAGAGGUCCCUGGAGGCCACCCUGCCUAGAAUGGAGAUGGAUGACAAGUCCCCCGGAAAACUUAUGCAGGAUUAUGGCCUGGGUUAGAGGUGACCCAGGACUGCCACCCAGCUGGGCCAUCAGAGAGGACACAGGGAAACUAGCUAGCCUGAGGCUGGACCUGACAGAUCCCUGUAGCCCCUGAAGAGCCUAGUGGCCUCUGGAUGUUAGCCUUGUGUUUCUAUGGAGGUUGUGGUACAUUUUGUCCUGAACUAACCUGUCUAGCCAGACUGGGACACCCAAAUCUAAGAAGCCGGUUUCCCCUAGAGCUUCUGCAACAGCAGGGAGCGAAGGGUUUCCCCAGCUGACUUUCUCGCCUGUAAAAGGAGAACAAGGCCCUCCCACAGACUCCUUCAAAAGACUGCUCUAAGGCUGCCAUGAGAGUGGCUAUCUAUGGCCCAGGGACUUCACCCACCACUCAGGGAAGAGCACACUGGCCUUAGGCUUCCACAGCAGUGACCGAGAGGGGCUGUCCACUCCCAGUCCCUGCUCUGAAGUCAGCAAACCAACGCCUCUCCUGCACAUCUACCUUGCUGAGUGUCCUCUGCAGAGGGCAAAUCUCUCUGUCACAUUCACUCUGUGCCACCCACACCUACCCUGAAGAAAAAUGAGCCACGAAGCUGCCUCAGAGGUCUCGGUCUGCGCCUGGCUGUGCACAUAAGUGUAUGUACAGCUCUUCCAUGGACAGCCUCACCCCUCGGAGGGGAAGACUUUCCGGAGGACUCUGCACUCUCUGAGCAGCUGCAUGCGGAUACCUGCCGCCACCGGGCCUUUAAAUACUUUGUGUUCAAUUCCAGGUGGGAAGAUAGCAUUUCAGGUUCGCAGAAAUCAAGUCACAUGACUGUCUUUCUUCCACACUUUGAGGAUAAGGAGGGCACAGCUUUUUGUGUGUUUCUGUUUUUAAAGUAAUGAAAUAUCCCCAUUGCUAAUGUCUAAGGCAAGUGAUUGAUUUCUCUGUUGAGUUGUGUUUUUUUAAGCAGUUCCCCUUCCGGUCAAGGUCAGGAUUGGUCACCAUGACCCCUGUGAAUCAUGACCCUCACGGAUUCCUCACAAAACAAAUAAAAUAGUAUCACCACACA